AUGAAAUGCUAUAAUGCAGAAUCUGAUCUUCAAACAUCAAUUAACUCAAGAUAAUAUCCUUCUGAAAUAAACAGUCCAUAAACAGAAAGCUAGUCUAUCCAAAAGGAGAAGAGAAAAUGGAAGAGCGAUGAAAUGACUAAAUAUUGCCCAAUUGAUAUUCCAAAUGCAUUCUAAUAUGACAAGGUUAACGGAUAGAAGUUUCAAUUAUUCUUAGAAGGGAAGUACUCUGCUAACACGUUGGUAAAAGAUAUGAAUGUAGUGACAAUGAGAAAAAGAUUAACUUAAAUGGAGCAAGAAUUCCAUAAGCAAAAGGAAUAGCAGCAAUUAAAAAAGGAAUUAGUGGAAAGAAGAUUCACAAAAGUAAGAACAUUGAUAAACUCGAACAUAAAAUUAAGAGAAUCUUUGAAACUCGAAUCCAAUUUGAAAGGAAGCAGAAUGUUCUCGUAAUUAAAUAAUCAUAUAGUUGAUCAUAUAGCCAAAAUAAAAUCAAAGGAUUUGUUAACAGAUCGAAUCGAUGGAGCGAGAUAGUAUGAGCCAACUAAACUUUAUGAUUAUAGCAAAUCUGGAAUUAAGUUAAAAUUUAAUAAGAACUAAAAACUCAUUAAAUCUUAGACCUAAUACUGUUUGAAAUAGGCAGUCACUUUGGAAGUUCAAGAUCACGUUGACUAGUAUUUUAAAUAGCAACAAGAGGCAGUAUAGACAAUGGAAUUGAAACAGAAACGAAAGGCCAAACUUAAAAUAAUCUCGGACAGAAAACAUCGUAAGUAUUUUACAGAGUUUGAAGUUAACCUAUAAAAUAAGAAAGCUCCUCCUUCGAUUAAGGAUGUGAAACUAUUUAAAUACAUUCAUGGUUAGAUGUUGAUAGAAAAAUUUUAAUAGAAACCAGAAGACUAAAAAGAAUAUUUCGGAAAUGUUAUGAGAAGCAGAAAAAGCUAUCAUAUGCUUUCAAACUUUGAUAAGCCUUCAGAAUUGUAUGCUUUUGAUGAUUGCGAUUAAUCCUUUGAAUCGAUGAAGGAAAUGAAGCUUUCUAAUCUCUAUGCUUAAAGUAUUGAAUUAUAAUAGAAAAUGUUGACAGAGAGAAGAAUCGUUAAUUAGGUGCAAUAAUCCAAGCAAAUAGAUUAAACUACAAAUAUGAUUUAGAUUGUUAACAAAUAAAAACUUAAAUGA